CAGAGAAAGGCCAUAUCCUAAAAUAACCACAUGUAGACUGAAGCUAUAUUAAAUAUGUUCGUUUACAAAGUGGACCACACGAUAAGAGUCCGUGCAGAAGCAGGCAAAUCGUCCUCGGAAACAUUCUGGUUGACCUAACUAGCCGGCUAGCAAAGGGUGUUAGUAAAGCUAGCUAACGUUAGCAAACGUUCAUUGGCUAGCUACCUAUUUACAGACAACGUUAGCUAGCUAGCUCGCGAGGUAGUUGCACAUCUUAGAUCGUCAUAUUUCUAACUUUAGAGAGUUAAUUAGCUAGCUAUGUCGCUUUUAACUUUAGAAUUAGACAGUGGCAAACUGGAUAGCUAGCCAAGAAUUUGGAUUCCUAUAACACGUUCCUAUAACACAGCUAGCUAGUUAUGUAGCUUUUCACUAUUAGGGAGCUUGCAACGUUAAGUUACUUCAUAAUCAGUGAUAUCAUAACUAGCUAACAGGACUGAUGAGAUACCAACUAACGUGUUGUACUUCUGUGCUAUGUAUGGCUAUCACAUUAGCUAGCUAGCUAGCCGGCCAACUUAGCUAGACUACUUGACAAGGCACCAUCAUCCAACAUUAAAUAUCCAGCUAACGUUAUCUAUCCCUAUGUAAAUAACGUUACAGAAGCACAAUCGACAGGAGUGAGGGUCUGAGCAUUACCCAGCACCCAGAGGGCCAGCAACGGCCAGUGAAGAUUAACUGAGUUGGAGCACACCCUCCAAAGCCACCGGUCUUCAUCAUCAUGGCGUCCCUGCUCCCGCUCUGCCCCGCCGACCCCGCCUCCCCGGGCUCCGCCCUCCUGGGCUCGCAGGUCCACGCCGCCGCAGUGAACGGAGACAGGAGCGCCCUCCAAAGGCUGAUCACAGCCGAUCCCUCUCUGCGGGACAGAGAGGACCAGUUUGGCCGCACCCCUCUGAUGUACUGUGUGCUGGCCGACCGGCUGGACUGCGCAGAGACGCUGCUGAAGGCCGGAGCCUCCGUCAACAAAUCAGACCAGAGCCAGCGCACCGCCCUGCACCUCGCUGCGCAGAAGGGGAAUGUGCGCUUCAUGAAGCUGCUGCUGUCCCGCCGGGCGGACUGGCUGCAGAAGGACCUGGAGGAGAUGACACCGCUGCACCUGGCAACCCGCCACCGCAGCCCCAAGUGCCUGGCGCUGCUGCUGAAGCACAUGGCGCCGGGCGAGGUGGACACGCAGGACAAGAACAAGCAGACAGCUCUGCACUGGAGCGCCUUCUACAACCACCCCGAACACGUCAAACUGCUCAUCAAGCACGACUCCAACAUCGGCAUCCCCGACAGCGAGGGCAAGAUCCCCCUGCAUUGGGCCGCCCACAACAAAGACCCCAGCGCCACCCACACCGUGCAGUGCAUCCUGGAAGCUGCCCCAACAGAGUCCCUUCUCAACUGGCAGGACUACGAGGGACGCACGCCUCUGCAUUUUGCCGUGGCAGACGGUAAUGAGGCGGUGGUGGAGGUGCUGACCUCGUACGAGGGCUGCAGUGUCACGGCCUACGACAACCUCUUCAGGACUCCACUGCACUGGGCAGCCCUGCUGGGUCAUGCCAGGAUCGUUCACCUGCUCCUGGAGAGGAACAAGUCGGGCACCAUCCCGUCCGACAGCCAGGGCGCCACCCCGCUGCACUACGGCGCUCAGAGCAACUUCGCCGACACGGUGUCGGUGUUCCUGCGCCACCCCUCGGUGAGGGACGACCCCGACCUGGAGGGCAGGACCGCCUUCAUGUGGGCGGCGGGCAAGGGCAGCGAUGACGUCAUCAGGACCGCGCUCGACCUGAAGGCCGACAUCGACAUCAACAUGGCCGACAAGUACGGGGGCACAGCCCUGCAUGCAGCAGCCCUCUCGGGACAUGUGAGCACAGUGCGCCUCCUGCUGGAGCGUGGGGCCAUGGUGGACGCUUUGGAUGUCAUGAAGCACACACCCCUUUUCCGCGCCUGUGAGAUGGGCCACCGUGAUGUCAUCCUCACCCUCAUCAAAGGGGAGGCGCGGGUGGACCUGGUGGAUCUGGACGGCCACACGGCGCUGCACUGGGCCGCUCUGGGCGGGAAUGCGGAGGUGUGUCAGAUCCUGAUGGAGAACGGGAUCACCCCCAACGUGCAGGACCUGGCGGGACGCACCCCGCUCCAGUGCGCCGCCUACGGGGGCUACAUCAACUGCAUGGCCAUCCUGAUGGAGAACCAGGCCAACCCCAACUUCCAGGACAAGGAGGGGAGGACAGCCUUGCACUGGUCCUGUAAUAACGGCUACUUGGACGCGGUGAAGUUGCUUCUGGGGUACAAUGCAUUCCCGAACCACAUGGAGCACAGCGAGGAGAGGUACACGCCCCUAGACUACGCCCUGCUGGGCGAGCACCAGGAGGUGACCCAGUUCAUGCUGGAGCACGGGGCCCUCUCCAUCGCCGCCAUCCAGGACAUCGCCGCCUCCACCAUCCAGGCCGUGUACAAGGGCUACAAGGUGCGCAAGGCCUUCAGAGAGCGCAAGAACCUGCUGAUGAGGCACGAGCAGCUGCGCAAGGACGUCGCCAAGAAGCGGGAGGAGGAGCAGCGUAGGCGGGAGGCGGAGCAGCAGGUCUCAUUGGCUGAAGCCGAGCGGAAGCUGAAGACGCUGUUGGUGUCAGAAGCGGAGAGUGGCGGCGAGAGCGGGGCCCCCAGGGGCCACAGCAGCAGAAAGCCCUCUAAGAGUGAGCGCAGCCAGGCCCAGUCAACCAGGAGCAGGACGGAGGAUCUGCGGCGACACAGGGAGCACAGGAGCAGAUCUGUGAAGAGUGAUCAGGGGAAGGGGGCAGCGCUGCCAGCCGCUCCUGCCCACACAGAAGUCCCCCCCAGCCCAGAGAAGAGGGCCUCGGUGCCUCCUGAGAGAUCCAGCAGGGGUCCAGAGGAGGAGAAGGUCCUGCCCAGGUCCAGGCCUACCCCCAAAUCCCCCAAGUCCCCCAAGUCCCCCAAACCCCCGGAGGCCAGCAGCGUCAAGGUGGGAGGGAAGGCACCCAGGGGUGGGAGACUCUCUCCCGCGGGAUCCAGCAGGCCAGGAAGUGCCAAGCCAGGGGCCGCCCAAGGCCACGCCCACCCAGCGCCACGCCCCAGCCGAGCGCCCACGCCCGCUCAGGGCUCCCAGCUGCCCCCACGCUCCCCGCGGGGAAGGGCGGGCCCCCAGCCCAGGUCCAACCCCCCCUCCACGUGCGUGGCCCCUUCCUCGGCCCUGGUGGGCCCUUGGCAGGCGGGCAGAGUGGAGCUCAUGCCCCUGGAGCUCCGGCUGAAGGUGGUGGAGAGGGAGCACAGCCACACGGAGCUGAUUCACAGGAAGAACCUGGCAGCCUGCACUAUCCAGAGGGCCUGGAGGAGGUUCCACGUGCGCGGCAGACUGAAGGAGGCGCUGUGCGCGAGCGAGGAGGGGGCGGAGUCGGCCGAGGCCACCUCCCUCCUGAUCCAGCUGCUGUGGGACAGGCGGUCUGAGCCGGGACACGCCCCUCCGAAAGCCACACCCGAACUUCGAGCCCCUCCCACCAGGGUGGGAAAGAAGAAGAGCACAGUGCUGCAGAGCAUCUAUGGAGGGUCUCAGGCCAGGAGGGGGCACUCCACCAGGAGUGCAACACUGAACUCCCGUAGUCACUCCCAGAUCCUGCUGGACCUGUCCCUGAGCACUAACACGCACUUGAGCAGCAUCGAGUGUGUCCACCUCAUGGAGACCGUGGGUCAGGCCAGGCAGUUCUCCUACCACAUGAGGCCCCACAGCGCCACCCAGGGGCCCAAGGGCCGCGGGAAACCCUGACGCUCCGCCCGCCCCAGACCCCGCAACCAAUCGGCACGUCCGCAGACUGCGUUCCCUCUUACGGCGGCACGCUCCACGUCAGCGGGCCGCAGGGAACGAGCCCCCCGCCCUACAGACCAUUAUCUAAGGCCCAAGCAAAGCUCUAUGGUCUGUGACGGGAAUUCCAUUUCAUUUCAUUGGUACGAAAUGCAGACAAGACGUUCUUUUUGUAGUCUGACUACAGCAGGAGAACAAAGGGACUAUGAUGGGGAUCCAAAGAAGCAGAAAAAAGAACAAAACAACAACAAAAAAACACCCAGUCUUGCUGUUGUCACAGUGCAAAGCCAUUGUCCAACAACACACAGGUGUUUUGAUUUCUGUCUGAUGAGGGAUUUUUGUAUGUAGCAGGUCUGAGAUUUCAGUCAAGUUGAAGCCAUACAGCCCUGGCCUGGCCACAGGAGAGCCCCAGGCUAAUGAGGGUUUACAGUUGGAACCAUGCUUUCCCGCUAACCUUCAUGGCCACUGGUCAGCCUGUAUGGCACAACGUAUGCAGCCAAUGUCAGUAUUCCAGUAACAGAAUUAGUGUUUGUCAAUGAGCGCUGGGGCAUAUAGGUUCACUCGAAACAUUUGCUGACGUACCUUCCUGACGUGCAUGCAAGCAAAACUAUUUUAAAAUAAGCACAUUUUAAAACCAUGUUUUCACUAUAAGUUAAUAUUACUCAAUUUUCAUACAUGGGCUGACCAUUUUAUAUUAUAUUGAAGUGUAAAUGUUUCAACUGCCAACACAUAUAUUUUUAUCUUUAUGAAGGGAGCGCUCUCUUAUGUGCAAGGUGAGAAAGCAGAGAGCUCUGGUCUGUAUUAUUGGCUCAAACCAAUUUUUGCCUUAAAACCUGGGUCUAGUAGUGGCUCUUGCUCAGUUUUCAAAGCCAGAACGCUAAUUGUCAUGACAACUUAACAUGGGGGGGGAGGGGGUAAAUCCACGGCUUGCGCAAGAGAUAACCUUUCCUCUUGCGCAUGGAACGCAGCCAUCUGUCAACGCCAAGCCAUACACCUAUCCCACCUGCAGUUGGCAAGCGAGCGGAGCGGGGGCUUAGAGCAAUACGGAGGGCCUAUCUGUUAGACAUCUGUAUCUAUGGUAUGCGAGUGUGACUAUUUAACAGCCUUAUUGCGUCUGUUGGUUUUGUCCGUUCACCUCCUCCAACAGUUCAAACAGUCCCUCACUUGUACUCCUGGCACUUUAUAUUCUACCCUGAAGCCAUAAAA